AUGAUUGUCACUCGUUUAUCCUUAUUUCUUUUCCCCCUCAUCGCGACAGCAUUUCAGAGAUUCAAAGGCAAAGACUCCUCCACGCGAGGAAUCAAAGAGCUGGAACAAGGUCGCAGUUAUCUCAUCUCCCUUAAUACACCCGACCUCCUCCUCUGGGAUUGGGAACAGCAAUAUGGGGAACCGCUCCAGAGCGCUCUGGUCUUCAAUUUCACCAUCAGCCACGAUCAACGACAUCUUCUUCUGCAAGACCAACCCAUCCUCCCUCUCCUAGACGCAAACAUCCCACCGCGAUUCAGCGUCCCGCAGACCUCAGAGUCUCUCACGGAAUUCGAACAGAGAAGGGUAUACAAAUACACCAACGCUGCGCACUUUGAAAUCGACUACGAACGAUCAGUACGUCCUCGCGACGACCCGAACCGCGAGAUCCAUAACUAUGUACCAACCCUCAAAUUCAACGUCCUCGGAGCUGGGAUAGCGGGCCACAACACCCUUUUAUCCUCGGCAGAACAACGAUAUAUCGAGAUCAUUCUGAAAGACGAGAAUUUCCGGACGCACAACCCAUUCAAUCACAAAUUUGUCGUCAAGAGUGUCAGGACGCGGAGACGAGGCGACGAACCAAAUCCUUCUGUACUUCCCGAAGAUCUCAAGGUGUGCGGGAGAUUCUCGUGGCGUUGUGAAGAUAUGGAUAGUCAACCAUGGUACCGAUAUAUAUAUCGUCAAGAUUUUGACGAGUUUGGAAAGAUAGGAAGUUUACGGCGCGAAUAUUUACGACGGAGUUCGAAUUUGUAUAAUAAUCUUGGGCCUUUUAGAUUUUGGGUGUUGAUCGUUGCCAUCUUGAGCGCGGUGGUUUCACCGUUGGUUUAUUCGGUUUGCAGAAAGAUGGUGUAUGUUGGGAGGAGAUAUGUUGCUAUUCGGGAUGCUCAUCGUGAGAGGGUGAGGAUGGAGAGGGAGUGUGAAGGUGAUAUGUUGUUGGAUGAUGGGGACGAGGUGUGGAAUUAUAUUGAUAGACCGCGGUAUGGAGAGGGAGGGGAGGAAUUAUCGGAGAAAGAUUCUAAUCUGUCAAAGGAGGCGACGGUGAUGGAGAAGCCGUUGCCUCCUGUGCCUGCCGCUGAGGGGUCUGAGAAAUAG